UUAGGUUUGCAUAAUUUAUGAUUGUCAUGCAAGUUUACAAGUAUUUGGAACAGUACUAUACAUUAAAUAAAAAAAUAGGCUGCUUCGUCUUGUCCAAAGUGAUUACAAUCGAAUUUCGAAUUUGCCGCCAUAACCUCGGAGCGUACGUGUGUGAAAUGUUUUCAUAUUUCGAUUAAUUAUGGCGGACUGUGGCUGAGCGAAGUUCAUUUUUCCAUCCGGAGUGCAAAUAAUUGGUUGAAAGAUUGAAGUGCUUCGUUAAAUAAGUGCAGAGGCGGUCGGGGAGUAUCGGAUGGGCGGCGUUCGGCGAUGGCGGAGAACAGGGGUUCGGUAGAGGUCGUUAUGCCGGACAUUACCGAAGUGACCGAGCCCGAUCCGCUGGCGGCGGCGAGCGAGCGCGAAGUCGAGAGGCUGGAGCGCGACGGCGUCGCGCUCAAAGCGGCCCGUCUCGCCGACUCCAACGGCGUGGUGACCGUGCCCGUGUCCCUUCCAGUCGGGACUCUUAUAACGGGAACGACCUUCAAUGUCAUCACAUCGGACCAGCUGCCGGGCCAUUUUAAGCCGAUGCUCUGCGUGGACAACGGCUUCAUAUCAGGCGGGCCGGUCAGCGAGGAUAUAAAAGCGACACAUAUAGUGAUACAGAACCCGCCGUCGCCGCGGCACGAUGAGGGUUCCCAGGCGCCAGCGCGAGCGAGCGCGCGCUCGUGGGCAGAGACGGCGAACAUGCCCAUUCUGCCGGUGCGGUGUAAAAAUACGUCUGCAGAGUUGCACAAGCAGCGGUUUGGUUCGGGGGGCCGCGGGAGGUGUAUUAAGUACGGACUGGAGUGGUACACGCCGAGCGAGUUCGAGGCGCUGUGCGGGCGAGCGUCGAGCAAGGACUGGAAGCGCUCGAUAAGGUUCGGCGGGAGGAGCAUCCAGGCGCUGAUAGAUGAGGGCGUGCUGACGCCGCAUGCCACCAGCUGCACCUGCGGCGCGUGCUGCGACGAUCAGUCUGCCAUGGGCCCAGUCCGUCUCUUCACACCCUACAAGCGACGGAGACGCAACCAGGAUGAGGGCACUGAGAAGAAGCCCAAGAUAAAGCGGGACAGCAGUCUCGGUGACAGCGACAUGGACAACAUACACAACACGAGCAACAACAGCCACUCGAAGGAGGCCUGGCAGACCAUAGCGGAGGGCCUGGAAAACAAUGCGGACUACCAUCUGCUGGAGGCGCCGGACGCGAGCAACGAUCCUACCGCCAGUCUACCGGACAUGAGCGGCGUGCUAAAGCGUCUCGACGACAUCGGGGCGACACUGUCGCGACUGGCCACCGAGUUGAAGCAGUGUGUGGAGGAUGUCAGGGGAGUCUCCGCUCGGCAGCUCGCGCGGAUAGAGCAGGAGAGGGCGGGGGCGCUGUUGCACGCCGUGGAGCAUGCAGACGCGGCGUUACAUAGCGCCGACGACGCCGAGUCUAAGAAGUGUGCAAACUGCAACCGCGAGGCGUCAGCAGAGUGCUCCCUCUGCCGGCGCACCCCUUACUGCUCUACCUAUUGCCAGAAGAAAGACUGGGCGUCCCACCAGAUUGAGUGUCUCCGCUCCGUACCUACCAUCCACGACCAGCACCAGUCCAUCAUGCUCAUCGUGGAGAGCCAGCACCAAUAGCGAGAGCCUAAUCUGGAGAGGCUUCGCCCGAGUGUCCUAAGACGAAGGUGACAAAGCCCGACCCUGCCAGAAUAGGGGCUUCACUACAAGCCCUAACAACAGGCUUCUGUCAGAAUACGGACAUGUAUACCGCUACCAGACCUAAACCCAUGCCAGAAUAGGGGCUUCACUACAAGCCCUAACAACACAGACUUCC